CUUCCAUGUUCACUUUCUAGUUUUUCGAAUCCCGUAUCGCGGAAUCCUUGGCUCGAUUUCUGCCCAUCUUCAUUCGUCGUUAUUGAACGUUGCGCGUACGACCCGUCUUGGUACAUCUUGGAAUAUGAGCGCUAGCCUUAGGCCUGUUCGCUUAUUGCGGAUCUUAUGUGGAUCUGUACGAAUGAUGGCCUUGACAAUGCCAGUUGUAAAGAGGAUGCGAAGAUGGAUGUUUCUGUAUAUAAUGCAGCUUCCUGAUUAUAAGUUAAACAAGGUGUUUCUGUCCAUGAGCUUUGUUUCCGAAUACGUCCCCCCGUUCGAUCGCCUCGUUCUGCUGCUCUUUUGCGGCUUCGGCAGAAGUAUGUCUUUAGCACAGUUCGUGCUAAUUUUGACUGUAGAUUAAAAUCCUCACUUAUACCUCCGAAUAUUCAUUAACGUACAGAUCCGAUAUGGAUAAAUCUGGCUUAACAGAACGAAGUGUGCUGAUGAUCGUCAUGACGGAG